CUUACCAGUACUUCUUGUCAUUGAUCAAGCCCAUUGUUUUGGCUUGAGAUGCGCUUUUUUCAUUUGUUAUCAUUUCCACUAUGCACUAAAUACAACGUCGUACACGAUCGCAAAGAGGCCGGUUUUCGCCAUGAUCUCAUGAAUGGGGCUUACGGUUCAUCCAGACAUAAGGCAAUAAAAUUUCCAGAAUUGACUGAAGCAUAUUUGACACGCCAGCGUGCACCGUUAGGCUGUCUAGCUCUCACACGGAGCAUUACUUAAAUGAUUGCGAAAGUCAUAAGAUGAUCCCCACCACAUCCGUACGAAACCACCGACUGACUCAUCGGCUGUUACCAAAUCCAAUCAGAUUAGUGAUUGUAUUUGUUGUUGUGUGGGUAGUGUCUUUCAUUUAUUUCCGCGCAUAUCUUGUGUGGGAUAAAUACUGCAAUGGCUCGAGAGAAUUGCGUCCAUUUCCCAAAUCUGCUUAUGGGGUUAAGGACAAUUUAAAAAAUAUAAAAGACAAUGUUACCUUCAUGAAGAUGGGGACGUCUUCUUUUGAAAGGACUCCAGGUUUUGAAAAAGCUAGAGAACACCAAUUUCAAAUUAGUUUGAAAACCUUAAAAGGUGAAUUUGUGAGACAGUGGUCACGUGUCCGGCGUACGCGUAUGGCUUGGGAAGACAUUAUUCGACCGUGUGCUAAUAACAUGGACUUCGGCGUGGUGUUGCGGGGCUGGGGUGAGGACAUACGCACUAGCGCCUCAGCGAGUGUUAUUUCCCACAUGGAUGUGCGUCCGGCUGGGGAAUUCUCCAAAGUGUUCAUCGAGUCUCGCACGCCCAGCGGAGUUGCUAAGCGCAUUGGUGGCGACGAUUGGUUGGUGCUGGUGCAAGGGAAUACGUCAACGGCGGCUACAGUCAUUGAUCAUGAUAAUGGCACCUACGAGGCCGUAUUCCUGGUCAUGGAUCCAGGGAAGUACCGACUGGCCAUCUAUCUGGACUACACGCUUUGCCAAGGGCUGACGGACCCUCCCUUUAACUGGUUCAUAAUAGGAAAUUCUCAUGGGAAGUUCCAAGAAGAAGGAGUAAUAGGUCGGUUAAAUCGAUUUUUCUAUCAUGAACCUUUCAACUUGACAAUCACUGUACCAGAAAGGCGUCUACCAGAAGUCAGCAUUACCGAGCUACUAUCUGACAUGAAGUGUUCCGAGCAUUGUGAUCUUGUGUCUGAUGGUUACGGUCGAUGGCGAGGAAACACUUGGCGCCCUUUUCUCUCAGAUCCCCCCCUCUCACAUUACUCACCUGACCAUAAGCCUUCAGGGACCCUGUGGAUAUACGGUGACUCCCUUGCAGUACGUCUUCAUGGUUCCAUGGCCAGCAAGCCUAUCUGCACGUCAAUAUUCUCCAGCUGUCGUGUAUCGUAUAACUGGAUUUACCCCGUAGGAAACGAAUGGUGGGAGAAACGUAAAAACGACGACAAGGACUUUAACUCGACUCGUGUGCUAAACCACAUUCGGUCCGUGCUGUCUGAGCCCUCGAUGAAGGACAGCAGUAGCCUGAUGGUCUUAAAUAUCGGCCUGCACUACUCUAUGGCGAUAAACUUCACCACAUACCAAAGUCUUAUAGAUGAAUUGGCAGAGUACUUGCAAGAAAUCAAAGGGAAAAGGGCGCGAGUUGUAUGGAAGUCGACGACAAUGAUUCAUAAAGAGAAGGCAGUAUUUGCCAACAGGACCAUGUGGAGGUUCUUUACAGAUCACCGUGUUCGAUUGUUCAAUGCAUACGCCACGUGGGCCAUGUGUCAGGCGGGAGUCCCGGUAAUUGACGUGUAUCCGCUGACCGUUGCUUUCCCUGGAGGCACCUCAGACGUCGUUCAUUACAGAAACUUUGUAUUUGAUUCAAUAGAGAGGCGACUUGCUGAGAUAAAGCUUGACGUCCAUGACGAACAACACGAUGGAGAAACUUACUACAUUAGAUCUUGUCUUCCGACAAUUUCAGUAAUAUGAAUAGAGAUUACUUCAUGGUUGGUGAGCGCGUACGAUUUUUAUUCACGAGUUGUGAUGAAAUCAAACGAACGAGCGAGUCUAAUUUGUUUAUUAUAUAUAUACUGAGAUUUAGAAACUAGAAAAAGAUAAACAUAGACAGAAACGGCAAUCAUUUAUUAUGCAUUUAAACUUUAUCGAAAAUCUUAUUCCAGUAACAUAAGAUUUUGUACAAAACAAGCAUACAAAAUAGUGAAAAUAAGUAUUUUUAACGUCAAAAAUGGUCUGCGGACAAAAAAAGUCGUAAAUGAAAAACCUUCAGUUGACAGAGAGCCUAGUCUGAGUCUGAAUCCAAUGCUCUAAUUUGCUUGUAUCUUUUUGGUGUUGAAUUCUUUUCGACUGUUAGAGUUGGAGACUGAUUCGAAUAGUUACUUAAAACAUUUAUUUGCCCUCAACUGAUAUGGCACCUGUGAAAGAUCUUGUUGACCGGCUUAGUGUUUGUUGUACGAACGAGCAAAUGUCGUUCCGGUCAUUGACCCUUUAAACUUGCAUGAUUUUCUUGAGUAGUUUCCUGUGAAUGAUAGGAUGAAUUAGCCGUUCCUCACUCAGUGUUCGUGACCUGUUCAUUUGUUGUCUUUCAGAGACAGUAGAAUAAUUGGUAAUGCUCUGUAAAUGCUUGGGUUAUUUCUUUAAUCUUUCGCCUCUCUUCUUUAAAGUCUAGAAACUGCUCAAGCAACGCAACGUUUUGUUUUGUCCUUUUUCUUCGUAUUCUCAUUCUGUUGCUCCUCAAUAAAGUCUUCUAUUGAUUUAUCGAGAGACUCAAAACAUUAAGAAGCCAUUUUCUUUUUUAGCAAUGGAAAAGUGAAAAAAACUAAAGCGAAGGUAAACAAGUUACGUAAAAACUGAUACGAUUUUCUUCACUAGUGAAAACCAUCGUAUCUAGCAUCUGAUUGGUCGUACGAUAUUUUUCACUGGUGAAACUAUAUGAUAAAAUAUUUUGGUGAAACUAAUGGUAUCAUAUUGUGGUGAGACUAUAUGAUACAAGAUUUUGGUGUCAGCUUAUGAAUAAAAUACUGGAACUAUAUGCUUUCUUCGUUUCGUGGAAUCCGUGAGGUGUGUGCGGGUUCGAUCAUGUCAUAGACGUUGGCUCGUACAUGUUGGGUGUGCCUCCGAGUCGUCCAGACUUGGUGCAAAAAAGCGCGGGCUCGGUUCGCCUGGGCUCGCCCUCCGGGUUGCCCUUCCCUGACAUUAGGAUCCACGGGCGGCUCCUACUUGGGUAGAUCGUCAUCCUCUCCAUGUUCUCGUCCCGUUUGAGUCCAUUUUUGUGGAUGACGUUGACCUUCCCGACCACUUUCCUGCUUCGGUCUUCGUAUGUGAAUGUCGUGACUACUUCGUUCCUCACCUUACUAACGCCUGACUUUUUGUAGUCUUGUCCAAUUUUGUGGAAGGAGUAGUCGGUGGCGCUCUCAGAUCCGCCGGAUCCGAUUUUGUACUCCUCGCGCCUCCACAGACAGCGUGGUCUCUUCACCAUGGUCGUUGUAGGUGACGACUGUUGACUUUCUUAUCAAUGGUUCUGCUUCCAUAUUAGUAUACUACUAUAUUAGAAGUUAUUUUUAAACAAUUGGCGAGUGCUUAUACCUCAUUGAGAGUCGUAUUCGCUGGAGUCAUACUCUGAGUCGCUUGGGAGGUACUCAGGAUCUGGCUUGUCUUAGUCUGACUCACAGUCUGGCUCGUUGGGUUCUUCCGUGGUCUCUAACCAAGUUUCUUCCUCAGUUUUGUCGUGGUUGUAUGUCUCCUUAGUGCUCAUAUUAGUAUGCUACUAUACUAGAGAUCAGUGCGUUGAGGCUCUAUACCUUCUCCAAACUGGUGGAUGCCGGUAUGUGUCAAAUAAAGAUUCGCAUCUCGAAUGGGUGAUCGGGGUUAUUGUCCGAUCUUAUAGUGCCCGUAGGCUAAACUUCUCCAUAGUCUUUCCGAAUACGCAGUUGUUCAUCAGUUUGAAGAAGUCUUUCUCGAAUGAGUUUUUGGCGUUCUUACGUUUUUCAGUGUUGAGGUCUAUAUACUACUUUAGCCUUGGUGAUUGGUCGAACUCCGGAACUCCGAAGACUCGGUGGACUUGAGUUACUUUUAGGCCUAGGUCUGUGUAUAGCUGGAGGUUUCUGUAGUGUAGUACAUACUUCUCUUUGUCUUUUAAGGUUGGGAUCAGUUUUGAGACUAGACCUGUUUGUAUGCCGUAUUUUGUUGCUAUCUUGUCGCAGUACUUGGACAGCAUGUCCUUUGAUACGUUCACUCUCUCCGCGGCUAGUGGGUAGUCGUUGUGGAGGUCGUGAAGGCUUUUGGGGUACUCUAGGUCGACUUCUAGUAUCAACCCCUUUUUACUACUCUCGCUGUACUUAGCUAGGUUCAAUUUUUCGAUUCUUUUCUCUGUCAUCCAUCUGAAUCCACCAGUUGGUAGGUACUGACUCAUAGCCCAUCCAUACCAGUUAUUUGCAUCCAAGUACAUUAACAUACUUCGAGGGCGCCGUCUCGUCGUAUAAUUCCAUGUACUUAUUGUUGGCCUUGCUGUAUCUAUUGGCUAUGUAUGAUAUGCCACCGCGCAUGCCCUUCUCGAUCAAUUGGAACAUGUCGAUGUCUGUCAUGAGUUCCAGUUUAAUGUCGGUCAUUUUUAGCAUGGCGUCCCAUGAAAGACCGGGGGACGUGAAGUAGUUGCAUGGAUCUAGCUUAUAGUAUUCUAGGCACAUUGCCAGAAAUAUUUAACCACGCGCAUGCGCGCUAAUAACCAGAAGUUGAGCUAACGGUUUUCAAGAAACAACGAAGUUUGUUAAGAAAUGACUUACGCGUAACCCUACAACGAAUUUUUAACCGUAUCCGAAUGUGAGAAUGAAAAAACCUGCAUCGGAAUCGUAUUUUUCAAAGAUUUAACAUAACAGAUAUAGAAUAAUGUUCGACACAUAAUGAAAAAAUAGUUCGGUUUUGUAGGUUUUAAAAAUAGCGUUUUCAUUGUGUUGUUCGCUAAAUGCAUCUGAAUAAAAAAACGUAAAUUUGUCUAAGAUACCCUUGAAAUAAAACCUAGCACUCAGUAAUAACAUCUCUUGGCUCAAAACCUGCAUCGGAAUCAUAAUAAAGACAUGUUUACCUUGA